AACUGGGUCCUAUUCAAUUCACAAUGAAUUAAUGGUCUCUGCUGGAAUAUGCAUUACCAAACAUAUUACGCAGGCGAAUGAUGAGUUUCACACCUCGCAACAUAUUAAACAGUAUCUAGCGAUUCGAUGAAAGAAAAGACGCACAAAAGAAAUGGGCACUGGACGGCAAUUUGCAACAAUUUCAGUAAACUCAACCCCGCGAAAUCCAGGUUAUUGCGCCCUGUUCGUUGUACUUACAUUGGUUUUUAUCCAGCAGUGCGCAACGUUUAACUUGGAAACGGAAAACCGCGUCGUCUACACUGGACCUAAGGACAGUUUUUUCGGUUAUUCGGUGGAUGUUUUCUACAAUAAUUCGUCUAGUGUCAGCAUUCUGAUUGGUGCUCCCAAAGCUAACACCAGCCAACCGAAUGUCAACGAAGGUGGAUCUGUGUACUUAUGUCCCUGGAGCCAGGGCCAAUCGAAUUGCAGUGUUGUCCACUUUGACAAUGAAGGAGAUCGCCGUUUCCAUGUCAACGACGUCGACGUCCAGGUGGAGUUCAAGUCCCAUCAGUGGUUUGGGGCGACAGUGCGUUCCCAUGGCAACACUGUCCUGGCUUGUGCCCCGAGGUAUUACUGGAGAACGGAACACGACGCCCCCUUCUCUGACGUCACAGGAACUUGCUACCUCUCCGUGGACAACCUCAAGACAUUUGUGGAGUACGCCCCCUGUCGCACAGAGAGACAUGGUCCUGCCGGACAGGGCUACUGUCAGGGCGGGUUCAGUGCUGACUUCACCAAGGAUGGGAAGAUUGUUCUUGGAGGACCAGGAAGCUUUUACUGGCAAGGUCAGCUGAUCUUAGCCACCACAAAGGAAAUAGUCAAGGCCUACUACCCUUCCUACUUCCUGCUCUCUGUUACCGGGCAGAUCCAGACCCAUCAGGUGCAGGGGAGCUAUGAUGACAGUUACCUGGGUUACUCUGUGGCCGGUGGGGAGUUCAGUGGAGAUAAUAUCGAAGAUUUCGUCACGGGAGUCCCCAAGGGACUCAUGUUGUAUGGUUUAGUGUCCAUACUCAAUGGAACAGACCUGAAAUCUAUGCUGAACCUAACCGGAGAACAGAUGGGGUCCUAUUUCGGCUACGCAGUGGCAGCCACGGACAUCAACAACGACGGGAUGGAAGACCUUGUGGUGGGAGCUCCCAUGUUCAUGCAGAGGGGUUCCGACGGACUGCGUUGGGAGGAGGUGGGCCGUGUCUAUGUGUACCUGCAGCGGCGACCCUUGCUGUUUGAACCCAGGCUGCCCCACCUGGGGGGGACCCAGGCCUUCGGGAGGUUUGGCAGCUCGCUGGCCCCACUGGGAGAUCUCAACCAGGAUGGCUUCAACGAUAUUGCCAUCGGCUGUCCCUUUGGAGGAGACGACCAACAGGGAUUGGUCCUCAUCUAUAAUGGACAUGCCAGUGGACUGAUGGACAUGCCCACUCAGACUCUAGCUGGCCAAUGGGCCUCUGGCACCUUCCCCGCCAGUUUUGGCUACGCCCUCCGCGGAAAUAAAGAUCUGGAUCAUAAUGGCUACCCAGAUCUCAUCGUAGGUGCUUUUGGGGUUGACAAGGCUGUUCUGUACAGGGCGCGGCCUAUUGUCAAUGCCAGUGCCUCUCUUAUGCUGCAACCUACCAUGAUCAAUCCAGAGGAGAAGAGUUGUACGGUGUCCAAUGGGAAUGAGACAAUCUCUGUGUCCUGUGUCAACCUCAGUUUCUGCCUCUCGGCCAAUGGGAAGCACCUCCCUGCUGAUCUAGGUUUUGUGGUGGAGGUACAGUUGGACCAUCUGAAGCAGACCCAGAAGGAGUCGUCAGUGAGGAGAACUCUGUUCCUGGAUAGCCAACAGCCCAGCCUACGGAAGACCAUCACCAUGGCCAAUGGAGGACGAACGUGUCACGACACCCGCAUCUACCUGCGAAGUGAAGGGGAGUUUAGGGAUAAACUUUCCCCCAUUUACGUCACACUCAACUUUAGCCUGGACCCUCUCGCUUCUCUGGAUCUCCAUGGCCUGAGACCCAUUCUAAAACAACAGACAACACACCUUAUAGAGCAGAAGGCCCAGAUUCAGCUGGACUGUGGUGAGGACAACAUCUGUGUCCCUGAUCUCAAACUGGCUGUUUAUGGCGAUAGGACGGAGGUGUAUCUGGGUGACGAUAACUCCCUGACCCUGACUUUCAAUGCCAGGAACGAGGGAGAGGGCGGGGCCUACGAGGCAGAGCUUUACAUGGUGCUUCCCCCAGAGGCUGACUACAGUGGUAUAGCCCGCAACAAUGCGAGUCUGACUCAGCUAACCUGUAGCUACGAGGCAGAGAAUCAGACCCGCUCUCUGGUCUGUGACCUGGGCAACCCUAUGAAGUCUGGCACAAGUUUGUGGGCAGGCCUCCGCUUCACUGUGCCCCGACUGAAGGACACUUACAAUACGGUGCAGUUUGAGCUCCAGAUGCGCAGUAAAAAUGAGAAUAGCUCCCAGAGCGAUGUUGAGCUCUAUGAUCUUGAGGUGGCUGUGGUAGCUGAUGUUAUCCUACAGGGCGUUUCUCGUCCGGACAAGCUCCUCUUCCCUCCCCCAAACUGGAGGGUGAGCCACAGCCUCCAAGAGGAGCAGGACAUUGGGUCUGAGAUCCAGCAUGUCUACGAGUUGGUGAACAACGGGCCCAGUAUGAUCAGUCAGUCGGUGCUGGAGCUGCGAUGCCCUCUGAGAGCUCAGGGUCACGAUCUUCUGUACCCUGUGGAGAUCAUCACUCAGGGACCACUCAACUGCAGCUCCAACCACACCCUCAAUGCACUGAAACUCAAGCUCCAGCCUCCUACAACAGAACAGCCUCCCUCCUCACAGACGGUCAGCCCUGAACACCACAUCCAGAGGAGAGAGGUCUACAGGGAUCCUCUGGCCAAACAAAGCAACUUGUCAUGCUCUACGGUGGAGUGCUGGAGGCUGCACUGCCAUGUGGGGUUACUGGAGAGAGGAAGCAGUGUCAUUCUGACAGUCCGCUCACGCAUCUGGGCUGAGACCUUCAUCGAGAGGGCAUACAAGCAGUAUGUGCUGGAGUGUUCUGCCCAGUACAGAGUCACGAACAUGCCCUAUGCCAUCGCUCCCAAACUCAAACCCAGUGGAUCCACAAAGGUCCUGACUCCAGUGAUGUGGAACAAGCCGGAGAGCCAGUACAUUGUACCCCUGUGGAUUAUCAUUCUGGCCAUACUGGCUGGACUGCUGCUGCUCGCCCUGCUCAUAUAUAUACUAUACAAGAUGGGCUUCUUCAAAAGAUCCAAUCCCUAUGGUACAGCCAUGGAGAAAGCUCAACUCAAACCCCAGGCUUCUUCUGAGGCCUAAAUGGUGGACCAUCCCAGACGUCGUUUCGAAAACUGGAAAGUCAUUGCGUUGGCCUGAACUUGUAUCUCCAAAUGAACUACAGAAUACUCAUGCAUGAAGGGCAGUCUUCAACUAAUAUCAGUAGGAUGAGUACUACUUGGACCUCACUGGUAUUCAGCCUGGUACUACACACUGAAAUGCUCAAGCAGGCAAACACAUAAUGAGAUGUCUGGCUCAAACUACAACAGAGCUAUCCUGGCACAGUUGAAUGGACAAUAAUGUCUUUAAAAUGCUGCUUUUUGCUUUGGGAAAAUCUCCAUCAAAGUAGCAACACUGGAUGGGGCAAUGGAGCAUUCAUUCAAUUGUUUUAUUCACCAAAUACAUCUUUACCUAAAUCAAAUCAAAGUUUAUUGGUCAUGUACACAGUUUGGCAGAUGUUAUAGUGGGUGCAGCGAAAUGCUUGUGUGACUAGCUCCUAACAGUGCAGCAAAAAUUUCAAACAAGUACAAUUAGUUUUCUUUUAUUAACUUGAAACAAGAAAUCACGAAUGGCAGAAUGAAUCCAGUUAAUAACCCAAAUAACACUAUGGAUCAGUAAUCCAAAUGGAAUCUAUGCGUAUACACACAACUAUAUACUUAAGAACAAUGGAGGAAAAAGAACACAUAGUCAUACUUGAGUAAAAGUAAAGAUACUGUACCUUAAUAGAAAAUGACUCUAGUAAAAGUCACCCAAUUAAAUGCUAUUUGAGUAAAAGUCAAAAAUAUUUGGUUUCACACUCCUUAUUAAGCAAACCAUUAAGCAAACCAGACGCCACGAUUUUCUAGUUUAUUUAAGGAUAGGCAGGGGCACACUCCAACACUUAGACAAUCAUUUACAAACAAAGCAUUUUUUUUUUUGUGAGUCGGCCAGAUCAGAGGCAGUAUGGAUGACCAGGGAUUUUCUCUUGAUAAGUGUGUGAAUUGGACCAUUUUCCUGUCCUGCUAAGCAUUUGAAAUGUAACAAGUACUAUUGGGUGUCAGGAAAAAUGUAUGGCCUAAAAAGUACAUUUAUUUUCUUUCGGAAUGUAGUGGAGUAAAGGUAAAAGUUGUCAAAAAUGUAAAUAGUAAAGAAAAGUACAGAUACCCCAAAAACUACUUAAGCAAUCAUUUAAAGUAUGUUUUACUUAAGUACUUUACACAACUGCUUAAGAAUUAUAUGUACAGCGGUAGACAUUUGACCUACCUACCGGUAAAUGAGGAGAGAAUGUUGAAGAAAGUGUGUUAUUGAAGGGAAUCAGUGUGCAGCACAACGGUAACGGCCAAAGACCUCCAAAUGCUAGGAGCAGAAAAUAACACAGGGUAUCAGUCAAGGUAAAUGUUUUCCUAAUGUCACAAAACUCCCUCUAUCCUCCCGACGUAUGGAUGGACCACACAUUGAAAGAGAGUUUGCUACUCCGGUGUUGCCUUACUUUGGCUCAAACAGGCCAUGCCUGACCCUGAUGGCAAGCUUACGGUGGCCCACCAUCAACAAAGUCGGCGGUAGCUGACAAUGCUAACAGUUUCAUGUUGACCGUCAGUUGGUCAUUGCGUUGCUGGGCUGCUGGCGAUAUACCACCAUAUCUGUCAAAACGGGUGCAAUAUCAGCUUGCCGACAGUGGUGUGCUGCCUCAUAGCCACCAGUUGUCCAAUAAAAGCUUGUUGGCUGGAGAGUCUUUGAUGUUGUUGAGAAAAUGAAAAUGGCCCUGUUGCUGAUAUAUAUAUAUAUAUAUAUAUAUAUAUAUUACAUUUGUCAUGCACUUCCUGAUGCAUUAUGUUACUGUGCAACUUGACCAUAUUUGUAAAUACACUGCUAGAGCUUUUUUAGAUACUUAUUACAGUUGAAUGAUAGAUAUAACCUCACAUCCACUAACCACUAUUUUAUAACCCAUUUUUUUGUGCAUUUAUCAAAAGGAACUUGGUCAUACUUAAGGAAAUGUUUUGUUAGUUUUUUUGGGGGGGUGUAAGUUUCAAAGUUGUACACUUAUAAUUUUAUGAAGACUAUGUAAAAUGCAGUGGAAAUAUGUUUUUUUGUAAAACUAUUCUCUCCCAUAUUGGGAGUUGUCAUAUCUUUUUCAUAAGUUGACUCAAAAUAAAUGUACCAUUUCAUAUAACCUUA